AUUGCAUUACGUGUGAUUUGUUUCGUAAAUUUGGGAAGCAAAACUCUUUUAAAAUACUCCAAUUCCUGCUCAUAUUCUGAGCACGUUGUGUGAAACAAAAAAAUGAUGUUAAAGAUUACUUCCGCUGCCGGCGUCAUCUGUCUGCUGGAUGAACCGAUCCAGGAGCUAAAGGUGUUUGCGCUGAAGAAAUUAGACUCUAUUGUUGACGAGUUUUGGCCGGAGAUUUCGGAAGCUGUAGAGAAGAUAGAAAUUCUUCACGAAGACAAAGCAUUUGCGCAACAUGAUUUGGCAGCUCUUGUCGCAUCUAAAGUUUACUAUCAUUUGGGAUCUUUCGAAGAUUCUUUGACCUACGCCCUAGGCGCUGGGGAACUAUUUGAUGUGAAUGCUCGUAAUGAAUACGUUGACACAAUAAUCGCGAAGUGCAUCGAUCAUUACACUCAGUUAAGAGUUCAACUUGCUGAAAAUCCCAGCAAGGCUAAACCAAUUGAUUCCCGUUUGGAGGCUAUUGUAAAUCGGAUGAUUCAACGUUGCCUGGAAGACGGACAGUAUCGACAGGCGCUAGGAAUUGCACUGGAAACUCGACGAAUGGAUGUUGUAGAGUCGUCUAUAAUGAAAGCAGACGAUAUUCCUGGAAUGCUGGCCUACGCUUUCCAGGUCACUAUGAGUCUAAUCCAGAAUCGUGCUUUUCGCAAUACAGUACUACGCUGUCUGGUUGGCUUGUAUCGUAAUCUAGGUGUUCCCGAUUACGUCAACAUGUGCCAAUGCCUCAUUUUCCUAGAAGAUCCAUUGGCAGUGGCAGAGUUGUUGGACAAUUUAACAAAGGGUGGUGAACAUUUAGUACUUAUGGCCUAUCAAAUUGCUUUCGACUUGUAUGAGUCGGCGACUCAACAAUUUUUAGGACAAGUACUACAGGCUUUGAAAGCCACUGCGCCGAUUCCUUCUGCUCUCAUUUCAAAUCUGAAGCCGCAAGGAACUGCAACUGCAUCUGCCGGAGGAAGCUCGGUAUCAACCGUAACGGAAGUUAAGCAAGAACCGAAGGAGAGUGACGGAGAUGGGGAUGUUAAAGUAGAGCGCACAGUUGAUAGUUUAAACGAGGCAGAGAAGACCCACCAAGCUAACAUAGAAAAACUAGCUGGCAUUCUUUCCGGGGAGGUUUCCAUUGAUUUGCAGUUGCAAUUUUUAAUACGCAGCAAUCAUGCUGAUUUGCAGAUUUUACGAGCUACAAAAGAAGCUGUACGAGUGUCGAUUUGUCACACUGCAACUGUGAUUGCAAAUGCUUUCAUGCACAGCGGGACUACUAGCGAUCAGUUUUUGCGUGAUAACUUGGAAUGGCUGGCGAGGGCAACGAAUUGGGCCAAAUUGACGGCAACUGCAUCCUUGGGAGUAAUCCAUCGUGGUCAUGAAACUGAAUCGUUGGCUCUCAUGCAAAGUUAUCUACCCAAAGAAAGUGGACCGAGCUCUGGUUAUUCCGAGGGUGGUGGCUUGUAUGCUUUGGGUCUGAUUCAUGCUAAUCACGGGGCGAAUAUAAUCGAUUAUCUCCUACAGCAGUUGAAGGAUGCUCAAAAUGAGAACGUGCGCCAUGGCGGCUGCCUUGGUUUGGGAUUGGCUGCUAUGGGAACACAUCGACAGGAUGUGUAUGAACAGUUGAAGUUUAAUUUGUACCAGGACGAUGCAGUCACCGGAGAAGCUGCCGGAAUUGCCAUGGGAAUGGUUAUGCUUGGUUCUAAGCACGCUCCAGCGAUUGAGGAUAUGGUUGCUUAUGCUCAGGAAACUCAGCAUGAAAAAAUUUUACGCGGAUUGGCUGUAGGUAUUUCUUUGACCAUGUACGCACGGCUGGAGGAGUCUGACUCAUUGGUCACAAGCUUAUCCAACGACAAAGAUCCUGUCUUACGUCGCAGCGGUAUGUAUACUAUCGCAAUGGCCUACUGCGGAACCGGAAAUAAUCAAGCUAUUAGAAAGUUGCUGCAUGUUGCUGUUAGUGACGUUAACGACGAUGUACGCCGUGCCGCUGUCACUGCAAUUGGAUUUAUUCUAUUCCGUACACCGGAACAGUGUCCCUCGGUCGUUUCACUAUUAGCCGAAUCUUACAAUCCGCACGUUAGGUACGGAGCAGCAAUGGCCCUCGGCAUAGCCUGUGCUGGAACAGGUCUACGUGAAGCAAUCGCUCUGUUGGAACCGAUGGCCAAAUUUGAUCCGGUUAAUUUCGUUCGCCAGGGUGCGCUCAUCGCUUCCGCUAUGAUUUUGAUUCAACAAACCGAUCAAACUUGCCCAAAGGUUACUUUCUUCCGGCAGUUAUACAAUCAGGUCAUAACUAACAAGCACGAAGAUGUAAUGGCUAAAUAUGGUGCCAUUUUGGCACAGGGAAUUAUCGAUGCGGGUGGACGCAAUGUGACCGUUAGUUUGCAAUCCCGCACCGGGCAUACAAACUUGCAAGCUGUAGUAGGCAUGCUGGUGUUCACUCAAUACUGGUACUGGUUCCCACUUGCCCAUUGUCUUUCACUGGCCUUUACUCCAACUAGUUUGAUUGCAUUAAAUUCGGAUUUGAAAAUGCCGAAAAUCGAUUUCAAAUCUGCUGCUCGUCCGUCUUUGUACAGCUAUCCUGCUCCUUUAGAAGAGAAGAAACGCGAGGAACGCGAUAAAGUUGCAACCGCCGUUCUUUCAUUAGCUGCUCGAGCCAAACGUCGCACUGGCGACAAGAAGAAGGAUUCUAAGGAUGGAUCUAGCGACUCAAAGAUGGAGGUAGAUGAAGAGGUUUCCACUGUCAAAGAUGAACUUUCUGCAACGGUCAAGGCUAAAGAGGAAGCAAAAACCACUCCCGUUAAGGAGGAUAAAAAGGAAAAGGUGUCUAAGGACAAAUCCAAAGACGGAAGCGUUCCAUCACCAGCAGCACCGGCAACCGGGGAAGAUUCAUCGUCGGGAACUACAUCUGCAUCAGCAACUAAAACUCCAAAAGAACCGGAACCUAGUUUUGAGAUCUUGCACAACCCGGCGCGAGUUAUGCGCCAGCAAUUAAAGGUUAUUAGUAUUGCCGAGGGAAGCCCAUACAACCCAUUGAAGGAUGUGACUAUCGGUGGAAUUAUCAUGAUGCAACACAACGCAACCAGCGAACAAGUCUUGGUUGAACGCGUUACCGCAUACGGUCCGAAAAAUGACGAUUUAAAGGAACCGGAAGCACCAGAGCCAUUUGAAUACAUUGAAGAUUAAAACUAUAUGUUGAAAAUGAAUUUCAAAAUAUACCUUAUAGCAUUUUUUCAUAAUUGUAUGGCAUAAUAACAAUAAAUAGUUCU